AGUAGCAGUUGUAAACGUUCCCCAACUGGAGAGAUACCAGAAGACGGGUUACGUUUGUCUUUUUGGGUACGUGACUUUCUGUUCACUAACACUUUUUCUUCAUUACGUCAGGUCUUUACCCAUUUAUGCUCCUCCCCCGUAAAAGAAUUCACCUCAAAGGGCCCAAAAGUGUUGGGUAGACCAACUAGUCCAGCAGAGGAUAGAGAAAAUAAGUGCCUUCAGAGCAGAUGUCUUCGUCCCCCCCUAACCCUUCUGUCCUCUUAAAUACGGGGGUUCAGAUGCCCAUUCUGGGUUUGGGGAUGUACAAGUUAGUGGGUCCUGGAGAUGUCUACCGGGCUGUGGACGCAGCGCUGGAUGCUGGUUAUCGGGCCUUCGACAGUGCAGCUGUUUACCGCAAUGAAGCUGACCUGGGCCGAGCCCUGAAGGAGCUCUUGCCCAAACAUGGCUUAACCAGAAAGGAUGUGUUCAUAACCAGUAAGUUGGGCCCCAAGGAUCAGGGUGACAGAGCUAUGGAAGGAGCCCUUCACAGCCUGUCUCAGCUGGACUUGGGUUACAUUGACCUCUACCUGAUCCACUGGCCUGGCACACAGGGUCUGGUAGUGGGUGACCAACGCAACCCAGGCAAUCGAGCUCAGAGUUGGGUCACACUGGAGGAGCUGCAUGCUCAGGGGAAGCUGAAGGCCAUAGGAGUGUCCAACUACACACCAGCACACAUGAGAGAACUGAUGCAGAGCUGCAAAAUCCCUCCUGCAGUGCUCCAGGUGGAGUUUCACCCAAGGCUGUGUCAGACAGAGCUGAGGAGUGUUUGUAAAGAGUAUGGAGUGUGUUUCCAAGCGUACUCCUCCUUAGGGCAAGGAGACCUGGUCACUGACCCUGUGGUCAUAGAGGUGGCAAAGAACUGUGAUCGCACACCUGCACAGGUCCUGUUGCGCUGGGCUGUGCAGCAGGGUGUCCCAGUGCUGCCCAAGUCGUCCAAUCCAGACAGAAUAAAGGACAAUGCCAGGCUUUUUGAUUUCACACUGAGUGACACAGACAUGGACAGACUUUCAGCUUUGGACUGUGAACACAACUAUUGCUGGGAUCCAUCAGCAGUGGCUUGAUCAAUCACUAGGGGAACACACAUUGUCUUCCAUGAUGCCUCUUUAAUGCUGCUGUUCUUCAGCUCUGACUGGCAGUGAUGCAGCGGUGGUCUGUUUAGACAGAGACAGCUGAGUUACAUAACAAAUGCACUGGGGGGGAAGUACUGAUUUAGGUAAAUGUAUGUACCUAGUUAUUUAAGAAUAACAUGUUGGACAACACUGGCUAAUACGUUGUCCUGUUUGUGAGCCAUAUGGCAUAACAUACCAAGAGCAUUUCUAGGCAGUACCUAUAAGUGUGUUUCCUGCUGACUAAAAAAUUAUUUAUUGUGCCAUCAUUUUGAGACUAUCAGUAUUAUCAUGCAUGUUGCCUCAUACUGUUCCUUAACGGUACGUUACAAAGUAAUGUUAUGACUUUUGUGUUCUGGCUUUCUCAUUUGAAAUGUCUAUGAAAUACGACAAAUUUGCUCUUGUAAAAUUAUGAAAUGUUCAUAAGUGUCAUUUGUACUGGAGACAUUUGAGACAUUACAGAAGAGACUCACUUUAAAAUCACUUUUAAAAUGAUUUAUUCAGGACAGCAUAUGCCAGAAGUUGCACAGCUGUAAAGAAAAUACAUCUUGUCUGAAUGUGCAAAUAACCAGCUUUGAAGAACUGUGUUUCAGGGUGAAGGAAGGAGGAGGCCUGCAGUGGCAAUGAUCACCUAAAUGUUAUCAGAAUCAAACAGAAACUAAAGAGAUUAAUUUAUAAUUGAUUGAUUGUUGGUUCAGAAGGCAACUAAAAUACAGAGUGUUAACAUUACUGAUGAUAUUUAAUUGGUUUAGCUAGCUAGUUAGGACAAACUAAUUUUUUUCAUUUUUAAUUUAACUUUAUUUUGAUAAAUUCAGUAUUACGCAUACUUGUAGGAAUAUUGAUUACUGCAUUCAUUCAAACAAUAUAAACAUAUUCAAAACAAAUUCAAA